CCAAGUCUUUGAAAUUACCCCUAAAACAUCGCCCUUUGUCAAAAGCCAAACUUUACUUUGUUGAAACCCUAGUUUUCUUUCUAAUCUCUCACCAUAGCCGACUAAUUAAAAAUUCUUUUACACGUUUCCCAAAACACUAUUGCCCUUUGCUUUCUCAUACCAAUUAGUCAUGUUUGUUGGAGCUACAUAUCAUAAUAAUAAUCACAAUAUUAUCACCAUAGCAAUUAUUUCUCCAAUUCUUCAUAGAAAACAACUUGAUAGAAAUCCAAUCUCUUUUCCUCAAAAUCUUGUUUUUUUCCAAUUUGGUUUGUCCCCAUAAGUUCAAUUUUGCAUAUUUCUCAAGAUCUUGAUAAAAAUCCAAUCUUUUUCCUCAAAGAUUUUUUUUUUUUUUUUUUGGUCUGGUGAGUUCAAUUCUUGAAUAUUUUGUUAAAAUUUUACCUUUUGUGUUUGAGUGAAAAAGUUGAGAACUUUAACUUAUAUGGUUGAAAUAAUAUUUGGGGUUUGUCUACAUUUGUAAUAUAUAGUUAUUUGGGUGGAUAAAUUUUUGGUUUUCUUGAUUGUUUUGUUGUGUAAGGGAAGUGUUUUUAUUAGUUGAGGAUAUUGAAAAAUGGGGGAUUCUGAUGGUGAAAAAAUAAGGAAUAUAUGUAUACUUGCUCAUGUGGAUCAUGGGAAAACCACAUUGGCUGACCAUUUGAUUGCUUCAUCUGGUGGUGGUGUGCUUCACCCGAAACAAGCGGGUAAGCUUAGGUUUAUGGAUUAUUUAGAUGAGGAACAGAGACGAGCGAUAACGAUGAAGAGUUCUUCGAUUGGUCUUAACUAUAAGGAACACGCGAUUAAUCUUAUUGACUCUCCUGGUCACAUGGAUUUUUGUAGUGAAGUAUCGACUGCAGCUCGUUUGAGUGAUGGUGCAUUGGUGUUGGUGGAUGCUGUUGAGGGUGUACACAUUCAGACACACGCAGUGCUAAGGCAAGCGUGGAUUGAGAAGCUUACCCCGUGUUUGGUUUUGAAUAAGAUUGAUAGGUUGAUUGUUGAAUUGAGAUUGACGCCAUUGGAGGCGUAUACGCGGCUGCAGAGGAUAGUUCAUGAGGUGAAUAGUAUUGUGAGUGCUUAUAAGUCUGAGAAGUACUUGUCGGAUGUGGAUUCUCUGCUCUCUGCCCCGUCGGGGCUUGUGGAAGAUGAGAAUGCGGACCCUGAGUUUGUAGAUGAUGAUGAAGAGGAUACUUUCCAACCCCAGAAGGGGAAUGUCGCGUUUGUGUGUGCACUAGACGGAUGGGGUUUUAGUAUUAGUGAUUUUGCUGAGUUUUAUGCUUCGAAAUUGGGUGCAAGUUCGGCUGCCUUGCAGAAGGCGUUAUGGGGACCUCGGUAUUUUAAUGCCAAGACUAAAAUGAUUGUAGGUAAGAAGGGACUUAGUAGUGGAAGUAGUAAGGUUAGGCCGAUGUUUGUGCAAUUUGUUCUUGAGCCACUUUGGCAGGUUUAUCAAGCUGUUGUGGAAGCUGAUGGAGGCAAAGCGAUGCUUGAGAAAGUUAUUAAGUCUUUCAAUUUGUCUAUACCUCCCCGUGAACUUCAAAACAAGGACCCUAAAUCCGUGCUUCAAUCUGUUAUGAGUCGUUGGCUUCCGUUGUCAGAUACAAUAUUGUCUAUGGUUAUCAAAUACAUGCCUGAUCCUAUAUCUGCUCAGUCUUUCCGUAUAUCUCGGUUGCUUCCAAAGAGAGAGCUUUUGGAUGUUGGCGCCAACCCCGACGUGCUUUCUGAAGCCGAACUUGUAAGGAAAUCUGUGGAGUCCUGUGAUUCGAGUCCUGAUGCGCCUUGUGUUGUUUUUGUUUCUAAGAUGUUUGCUAUUCCAUCAAAAUUGCUUCCCCGCGGAGAGAUUCUAGAUGACAAUGGAAAUGUCGACUCUGAUGAAUGUUUCCUUGCAUUUGCCAGGAUCUUUAGUGGGGUUCUUCAUGCUGGACAAAAGGUUUUUGUGCUUUCAGCGUUGUACGAUCCGCUAAAGGAAGAAUCACUGCAGAAGCACGUGCAAGAAGCUGAAUUGGCGUCUUUAUAUUUGAUGAUGGGCCAAGGAUUGACACCAGUGGCAUCAGCAAAGGCUGGUAACGUCAUAGCUAUCCGAGGGCUUGCUCAGCAUAUAUUGAAGAGUGCGACUCUUUCAUCUACGUUAAAUUGUUGGCCUUUCUCCAGUAUGAUUUUCCAGGUUUCACCCAUGCUUAAAGUUGCAAUUGAACCUUCUGAUCCUGCUGACAUGGGUGCACUUAUUAAAGGGUUGAGGCUUCUAAACAGAGCGGACCCUUUUGUUGAGGUUUCUGUUUCCGCCAGGGGUGAGAAUGUACUUUCGGCAGCAGGUGAGGUGCACCUGGAGAGAUGCAUUAAAGACUUAAAGGACAGAUUUGCAAAGAUAAACUUGGAAGUCUCCCCGCCCCUUGUAUCUUUCAAAGAGACUAUUGAAGGAGAUACUGCUAACCCUUUAGAAAACUUGAAGUUAUUGACUCGCACCUCUGAUUAUUUGGAGAAAACAACUCCAGAUGGACGAUGUGUUGUUCAAGUGCGUGUUAUGAAGCUUCCAACUGCAUUGACCAAGCUGCUUGAUGAAAGUUCCGAGCUGCUUGGAGACAUUAUUGGAGGUAAAUCUUUGGAGGCUUGUAAAAGCUUGGAAACUCUUAGAGGUAGCACUGUAGAAGACGAAAAUCCAAUUGAAGCACUUAAGAAACGCCUAAUAGAUGCUGUGGAGAAUGACUCUUCAACUGGAUUUGCCGAGACAGAAAAGGAUAGGAUUGAUAAAUGUAAGGAAAUGUGGCAAAAAUUCUUUAAGAGGAUCUGGGCUUUAGGGCCUAGACAGGUCGGUCCCAACAUUCUCCUUACUCCAGAUGUGAAAGGAAAAAGCGAUGACCUUUCCGUUCUUAUAAAGGGUUCCCCUUAUGUAUCAGAAAAAUUGGGCUUUAUGGGCGACAAUGACGACACCAGUGCAUCACCAGAAUCAUCAACCAGUGUGGAUCAGACCCUUCUACGAGAAGCUGAGAAUCUUGAAAGCAGUAUAUUAUCUGGAUUCCAGUUAGCUACAGCAUCGGGCCCGUUGUGUGAUGAGCCCAUGUGGGGUUUGGCAUUUGUUAUCGAGGCUUCCAUAUCUCCAUUAGCUAUUCCACAGAAUGAUAGUGACACACCUAUUCCACAGCAUGAACAGUAUGGGCUCUUCCCGGGCCAGGUUAUGACUGUUGUUAAGGAUGCCUGCAGGGCUGCUGUUCUUCAGAGAAACCCGCGACUCGUAGAAGCCAUGUACUUUUGUGAGCUGAACACCCCACACGACCAGUUAGGCAACACCUAUACAGUUCUUAAUCGUAGGCGGGCCCACGUGGUGAACGAAGAAAUGCAGGAAGGUUCAUCAUUGUUCACCGUGCACGCUUAUGUGCCAGUUGCAGAAAGUUUUGGAUUCUCCGAUGAGCUGAGGAGAAAGACUUCUGGAGCUGCAAGUGCUUUACUCGUUCUUAGCCAUUGGGAAGCACUUCCGGAGGAUCCGUUCUUUGUACCUAGGACCGAGGAGGAGAAAGAAGAAUUUGGAGACGGUGCCAGUGUUCCGCAGAGUAUAGCAAGAAAACUCAUGGAUUCCGUGAGACGGAGGAAAGGUCUUCCGGUAGAGGAAAAAGUAGUACAACACGCGACGAAGCAGAGGACUUUGGCUCGUAAGGUGUAGAAGUUCUAUGCAUGUUUGGUUGUGUGAUUUUUAUCCUUUUUUCAUUACUCAUGUAAGGGAAUAUAGUAGUUUUCUCAACCAAUUUUAGUUUUAUACUGUUUCAUUACUAGAAGGAAAUUUUGUUAGCAGAUACUGUAUUGGCAUUAAAGAGUUAUUUGAAAAGCACUUCUGUUGAGUUCUUUUUGGAUGUAAUUGACAGAUAUAAACCAACAAACAGCUUUAGAACUUUUGCUUUUCUA